GAUCGUUUCGAGGGAUCGGGGGGACUCGGGUGGCGUGCAUGCGACCGAACAGCCGUGACGCCCGGAUCGUGGUUUAGACAACAAAUAAAAAUCCAUCUGUGAACCUAAAUCCAGGUGAUUCGCUGUCUGAUCCUUUUAGCAUGCGAAAAUGGCGCUGUAAAUUUUACCCUUUCCACUGCUCCUGUGCUCCAAAGUGGCUGCGUAACUUCCAUUUUCCUCGCAGCUCUCCGAUUCAGCUCCCUUGACCAUGGGUUAUUGGAAGAUGACCCCAUCUCUUAUUUUGUGCCUUUCCAUCUCUGCCUUGUUCUCACCCUCCUCACCUUCCAGAGUCUUGCCCUCCUCCCAUUCUCAGAAGGUUUCCGUCGGUUUAUACUAUGAAAGCCUGUGCCCUUACAGUGCUAAUUUCAUCGUCAAUUACCUCGUCAAGCUCUUCGAGGACGACCUUAUCUCCGUCGUCGAUCUCAAGCUUUUUCCAUGGGGUAAUGCCAAGCUCAGGGGAAACAACACCUUUGAUUGUCAGCAUGGCCCUUUUGAGUGCUUACUGAACACUGUGGAAGCGUGCGCGAUUGAUACCUGGCCUGACCUGAAUGAACAUUUUCCUUUCAUAUACUGUGUCGAGGCUUUAGUGUAUGAGUUCAAGUACCGAGAGUGGGAAUCAUGCUUUCAGAAACUGGAUCUGGAUCCAAAACCUAUUGAUAAAUGCUAUACCAGUGAACAUGGAAAAGAGCUGGAGCUUAAGUAUGCUGCCGAAACAAAUGCUCUGCAGCCUCCUCAUAAGUAUGUUCCAUGGGUAGUUGUGGAUGGGGAACCACUAUAUGAGGAUUAUGAAAACUUUAUAAGCUACAUAUGUAAAGCUUACGAAGGCACUAAUAUACCCAAAAGUUGCAGCCAAGUCUCAUUUGAUUCUGUUCAAAUGGCGGAAGCCAAGCCUAAGCAUUCAGUUUGUGAUAAGGAAUCAGUGACGCCGAACUUAUGGGAACUACUAAGGUCUACCGUUACAUCGUAAGGUAACUCAGAUGAAUGUGGUUGGAGCAGUUUAGAUGUGCCAAUCCUAUAUGAUUUCGAAGUGGUUUGUUGAUGUAUGUAGCAGAACUUGUGAAUUGUAACAAGGUAAACCCAAACCCGAUCAUCGAGCCAUUUUAGUGUUUGUGAAUACGACCAAAAGUGCCAUCUCAGAGAUACAGAGAGGAAGGGGAAGGCUAAAAAUGUGGACUGCAUGGUUAAAGCCGCACACGGCCAAGAUAUUUGAUUGUAUGUCAUGCGUUUUUUUAUAUGGGAAGAAUGUUGUCAAAGUCUCCAGCACAACUAUCCCUUUGAGAAUCAUAACUGUGUCUGUAGAAUGAGUAUUGGCAAAAAAAGGAAUGUUUUGAAUUA